UUAAAAUUCUCACUUUUUUUCCUAUAAUUUCAGCCGACUUCAGCUCUGCCACUAUGGGGACAAGCAGUGUUAGUACUUCUGGGACUAUACCAUACAUGGCCCCAGAAGUACUCAGCAACAUUAGCACCAAGACCAUCCGCUACAACUCUAAGGCUGAUAUAUGGUCAUUGGGAAUAUCAGCGCUGGAAAUGGCAGAAGGAUAUUAUCCAUUCAGCAGAUUUCCCGAAAAGAAAUUAAUGAAGAGGGUGAUGCACGGUCCCGCACCAACAUUACUAUGGGACAAAUGGUGAGUCAUUUGUACUGAAUCAGGAAAAGAGAGUGAGAAGAAGAGGUGGGGAAAUGAAAAAGAAAUUGGGGAGAGGGUGGGGAUUGACAGAAGAGUAAGGGGUGUGUAAAUGAAAAAGAGAGUCAAGAAAACUUGGGAAUUGGGGUGAAGUAAGGAUGGUGAAUGGAUAAAUGGGAAAGAAGUAAAGGUGAUGGUAAAGUGUAAUAUGUGUAGCUCUUGAAUGCACAGAUUCUUAAUC